UCCUCUUCAUCAUGGCUGGACACCUUCUGUUUGUCAUCCUCAUGUCUUUUGUUCAUGAGAUUCAAGCACAAGAAAUAAAUUCAACGUCUGCUGACAGUGAACCAUCCUCCAUCACCAUACAAAGUCAGAAACCACAGAUGAGUGUGCAGCAUUUUAAUGGAGAACAAGUUCAGUUUGUUUGCUCUCUGCCUGGAUCUGUGAAAUACAAUACAAGAUGUAAUCUGUACUUUGGAGAAGCAAGUCGUCCAGUCCUGACAGCAACUGUCUGGAAGAAAAGCAGCACAGAAACCAAACAGAGGUUCUGCCAGUUUUAUGUCUCAAUUGAUGAUUUUUUGAGACAUCUACAUUUUGUUCAACAAAAAGAAGCCAGCUGUGAUUACACUUUGAAAAGGGAACCCAGGUCUUUGUCUCCUCGCAGUGAUCAAUACAACUUAACAGCUAUUCUGGAAAGUGAAUCACCAAAGAUCAACAAACCGCCAUCUAUCAUGACCACAGAUUCAAGUCUCAACAAACCCAGUGCUUCAACUUCUACCACUUCAGUGAACUCACUGUCAGGAUUUGCUGCUCUUAAUCUGAGCCCUACAACUGGUGUGAACACUCCUAUCAAAACAACUCAGUAUAAAACAUCAGGAGACAGUACCACAGAUUCAUACAAGACUAGUGCUACAGUGACAGUUACUACAGUCAAAAGUCCAACUUUUACUUGGUGUCAUACUUCCACCCAUGCCACUGCUACCUCAGUAGGUCAGGCACGCCAGCCUGACAAUAAAGUAAACUCCUCUUCAAAAAUAUUACAGUCAGCAGAAGCAUCGAUAUGGAAGUUGGCGGUAGCUGUGACUGGAUUGGGAGUAACCAUGGGUGUCAUCUUACUGGUGCUGGGGCUUCUCACAUUCAAAAGAAGAAGUGAAACAUGUCCUCAAAGCAGGACAAAGGCAACAUCACCAGGUGAUUUUUUAUCAAUGACUAAAAUGAACCAGGGAAGAAUGUUACCUGCAGGUAAUGAUGGAGGCUCCAGUGUGAUCACUUCAGUACCUGACGACAACUAUCUGACUAGGGAGGAGAAACUAAACUUGCAAGAGACAAAAAAUGAAGAUUCUGACAUUUACCAUGUGUACGCCACCAUCUCUGAAGAAACAGAUGCACCAGAUUCACAGGACACGAUAUAGAGCAUGCUGAAUGCACACUAAAACAUAUUUGGUGAUGUUGUCAGUAAAAUGUCUAAAAUCAUCUACAGUAAAUGAUCUCAAAGUAAUAGAUGUAAUCUUGCAAAAAAUCUUGAGCUUGAAU